CAAGACCGGAAUCCACCUGGAUUUGUACAGAGCAGAGCUAUUGCCACUGACUGUGCCUCUUGAAGCCCGACUUUUUGCAGAACCAGAGCCUGUAACGGUUUUAAUCUCCUGGUCAUGUCUCAUCGAGAUCUUUUGAGCAGUGAUAUUAUUAGCGUCGAGAGACAAAACAUCACUGCUGUUUCUACACUCUGAUCCCUUAUAUCGGCCCUCUCGAGACAACUCAGAUACUUUCGAAACAAGCGCAGCCAUGACCUCUGGACUAGAACGCAUUCCAGCCGAGCUGCGAAAUCGCAUAUAUCAACUGUUGCUCCCGACAGCCAUUGUCUCUGCCCGGGACAGGCAACUGUUCUUGAUCCGCAGAUCCUUGAAGCGGUGUGGCCCGAUGAAACCUGCGGAGUGGCCUGGCUCUGGACUACUCCGAUUAAACCGAAUGAUUUCCGCAGAAGCUAGUGCCGUCUUUUACGGUAACGUCGACUUUGACUUCGACCUUGCUCAUGACAAACUCGGCGAGGACUUUCUCCAUCGAAUUGGGAGCCAGGCGAAACAUAUUCGAAGCAUUGUUAUUGGCUUCCCGGAGAUCUCAAGGGGAGUCCAUGGAGGGUAUUCCAUGAAUUCUAGUUGUCAGCAACAAUUGGCGAUGCUCCGUGAGCACUGCGAAGAUGUUCGCUACGUACACACAGACAUGAUGGGUAGCGACUUCAACUCAUAUGAACCCUGCGACAAGCAGCCUUACUGCGACUACAUGCACAUUAUCGACAAGGAACUCCGGAGGUUCCCGAAACUGGAGGAGGUCAAAGUGAGAGCUUGGGAACCGACGAUGGAGGAAUGGAUCAAGCAAGAGGUGAAGAUCUGCGGCUGGAAAAUCGUUGCAGAGACUGAUAAAAAGAAGUUUGACGACGCUUCGUUUGUUUGCGGUUUCCAAGUAUAUGAUUAAAGGUUCAAAUCAUGAUCAGCAGACCGCUGAACGAUCAAGUCGGGCCGGAGAGAAGAUGGAUCUGAUUAUUGUCGCCGCUUUCUCUGAGACCUCUGAAGACUCUGCCUCUCGACCAAGACGGCCAAGAAUUCUCGAGAACAGCU